AAUUUCAGGAAUUGAAAAGGGAAAAGAGGAAGGAGAAAAUGCUGGGCUGGUGUGAAGCGAUAGCCCGUAACCCUCACAGAAUCCCAAACACCACGCGGACACCAGAGACCUCAGGGGAUGUGGCCGAUGCCUCUCAAACCUCCACGCUGAAUGAAAAGUCCCCAGGGCGAUCUGCAAGUCGAUCAAGUAACAUAUCAAAAGCAAGCAGCCCAACGACAGGGACAGCUCCCAGGAGCCAGUCAAGGUUGUCUGUCUGUCCAUCUACUCAGGACAUCUGCAGGUAAGCCCUGGGCAAAUUAUUCUAUUCAAUAUUUCUUAGACCAGUAUUUUGUACUUUUGUUUUAUGAUGUGAGAACCUAUGGCUCCUGCUUCUGCUAUAAGUUGUCCAUGGUUAUAGCCACACACACACAUACUUUAGUUUUUUGUUUUUUGUUUUUUGUAUUCUCAGUUUAUCUUUACCAACUUCUGGUCAUACUGUCAUGUUCAUCAUUCUCUCUUUCUCUCUUUGUUUUCCCAUGACUUUCCUUUCCAUUCCCACUUCCCAUCCUUUUGCCUGUUGCCUUGUAUAGAUCUUCACUCUUGCAUGACAUGUCAGAAGACGAGCACUGCACCCCUGUUGUAGUGUUGAGCCAUGCUAGAAAAGAGUCUGGUAAGAAACCAGUAAGACAGAAUCCUAGGAGGAGGAGGAGGGUUUCUCAGAGAUAUGAACAUGCAGAAGAGCAAGCCAAAGAGAAAAGAAAUGACUUUCACCUCCAGAUCUCAAGUCCCAGGUGGAGAGAACUUGAUAUGGAGUCUUCAGAUUCGUCUUCCACAGAUGAGAGUCAAUGGGUUCAGGCAAAAAGGCAAGCCCAGGUUAAAUUCAGACUGUCUCGGCGAAGGAGAAAUAACAAGCCAUGUGGAAGCUUGACUGAGUCUUCUACUUCUGACAGAAUUGAACUUGUUGAUCUGGGAUCCAAAGAGGAAAAGCACCAGGAGCUGACAGAAUGUGGGAGUCACACUUUAAACAUCUGUAGAGGAAAAGUCAUAAGGUACCAAGAAUGCAGUCAUCCACCGCCAAGGGGGUCCUUGGUGGAGAGGACACCUGCAGAGAGCCACUCAGGGAGUAAAGGCAAAUACUGCCACAGAGAUCCUCAGCUCUUGCAUACACUUAAUCAAAAAGAAACAAUCAAGAAAAGAUUUUCAGAAACUGAUUUCAAUACUGAAAUCCUGGCAGCUGUAGAAAGGGACGAGUGUGGGGAAGACACAGGGCUCCAGCUGAAUACCUCUACCCAGAAGCCUCCUGCUGCCUAUGAUGAUGGCUCUGAUAAUUUCGAAGUGUGCAGGAUCUGUCACUGCGAAGGAGAUGAAGAGAGCCCACUCAUCACACCCUGUCGCUGCACAGGAACCUUGCGCUUUGUCCACCAGUCCUGCCUCCACCAAUGGAUCAAGAGCUCAGACACACGAUGCUGUGAGCUCUGCAAGUAUGACUUCAUAAUGGAGACCAAGCUCAAGCCCCUUCGGAAGUGGGAAAAGCUCCAGAUGACCACGAGCGAAAGGAGGAAAAUAUUCUGCUCUGUCACGUUCCACGUCAUCGCCGUCACCUGUGUGGUGUGGUCCUUGUAUGUGUUGAUAGAUCGGACAGCGGAGGAAAUCAAGCAAGGUAACGACAAUGGUGUGCUGGAAUGGCCAUUUUGGACAAAACUGGUUGUGGUGGCUAUUGGCUUCACGGGAGGUCUCGUCUUCAUGUAUGUACAGUGUAAAGUCUACGUCCAACUGUGGCGCCGGCUGAAGGCCUACAACCGUGUGAUCUUUGUGCAGAAUUGCCCAGACACUGCCAACAAACUGGAGAAGAACUUCCCGUGUAAUGUGAACACGGAAAUCAAGGAUGCUGUGGUUGUGCCUGUGCCACAGACAGGUUCAAAUACACUGCCAACUGCAGAGGGAGCCCCACCUGAGGUUAUACCAGUCUGAUGGAACUAGAGGGGAACUUCUUCACAGAAGGAUUUUUGCAGCCCCCAGCCACUACCAACAGAAGUGCUUCUGCUCUGGUGGCUUCUUAAUCUUCUCCUUUCCCCUACUGUCUUGUUUGUCCUGACUUGGAGCAAAAAGGAAAUGAGAAGAAAAUAACACAUGACCAGGAUCUCAAGAAGCAGAGCCGUCGGUGGGACCUGGAAAGGCAGAGUGUCUUGGGGAAUGAGUUCAUAAGGAAUGGUUGGUACACGCCAGUCUUCCAGAGUGAUGGACAUGUGAUACGCCUUCAAGUAGUGCAGAGGAAUCCCUUAACAGACUUCAAUUGCAAUGUAUGCUUCUUUGUAGGGUUCUGUAAUGUUAGCCUUCUCCACUGGAAAUGACACACACACACGCACACACACACAAAACAAAAAAUUUGGUCUUAAGCCUGAAAGUGUGUGCGUUAUCCCUAAGUCACACCAGAAGCAAACUUGGAGGACUUGAGAGGGUUUUUUUUUUAUACUUUGACAGCUGAUUUUUUCUGGCUAUUGUGAAGUCUGGUUAUUUUGACAGAUGCAUGUUUUUAAAUGGAUGCAAUACACAUUUGAUGAUAGAAAUGUUUAAAAUUUUGUUUAAAUGAUGGAAGAAGAGAUUUUCAGGGCAUUGUGGAAUUUAGCUUUCACUGUUUUUUGGACCACUAUCAUGCCAUGUUUUUGUUUUUGUUUUUGUUUUUGUUUUUGUUUUUUUCUGGUCCCUCUUACACAGUGCUCAACAACAGAUAUAUAACACGAGCUACAAAGGCAACCACAGUUGUAAAUUUUAAAUCUCCUAGUGUGCCACAUUAGGAAAAGUAAAAAUAAAUAGGUCAAUUAUUUUCAUAAUUUAGUUAACUCUACAUAUACAAGUUAUUUCAUGUCAUCAAUGAAAACAGUUAAAAGAUAGCUUUCAUUAUUUUCUUGAACCAAGUCUUCAAAAUUCUGCAUGUAUUUAUGACACACCUCAAUAUGAAUAAAGUGUGUCAGACAGGAUUUAAUUAAGAAUAUUGGUUAGCAGAGCCCUUGCAUUAGAAACUACAUCUGUUUCAUUUAAGUUGGUUAUUUUAAAACAGCAGUUUAAUCUGUGAUUCUGUUUUUCAGUUUCAUUUAAAGGUUACAAUUUACAAAGCACUAAACUCACCACAUUAAGUAUUCUGGCUUGAUUUCAACCAACUUUCAAAGGGGCGGAAAAAAAAACCACAAAAGUAUAGGAAGUCAGUAAAAUGUGUAGCAAUGUUAUGAAGUCAACUUCUGUAUAGAAGCUAUAAAGUAAUUAUGAUAGGGAAAAUUAUUUUGCCACUAAAUCAGGUGUGUUAAGGUUUUUAAAUCCACAUGGAGGGUCAACGUGACAUGGGUACCUUAAUUAAGGAUCUUAACCCAGUGUUUAAACCUGACAGUAUUUCCCUCACUCAGCUCAAAAGUAAAAAUAUUCAAUACAUUCCAUGGUGAGAGAUAAGAUAGGCUGUCGGUUCAACAGCUGACUACUGUGCUCUACACAGACUCAAAUCAACUGAUAUGAAUGAUAACUGCAAUGAGCUGGGUAAAUACUCACAAACAGUAGUUAGCUGUCGAAAGAAAGAUGACCACAUUUUUUAAAGUGACUUUUGUUGUUGUUGUUGUUGUUGUUGUUGUUGUUGUUGUUGUUAGCUGUCAUUAUUUAUUAUCCUGAAGAGGCAGAGAUGGCCCUAAGAACCAAAGCACGGGCAUCACGUUGCACACAUCUGGGAUCCAUAUCCAUGAACUUUGUAAUAAUCAGUGUUUGUUCUUCGUGGGUGAUAAAGGAAAAGGAAAGACAAAAUGAUCUUUCAAUGAGAAGAGUAUUUGUAGUGACUGACACUGGGUCCAAAUCGUCCCACCCUUAGAAAUAAAGACACAGUAAACAAUGUCAAUUGUGUAUGACCUGUAUAUUCAUGUAUAUAUGCAAGAGAAAUGUUAAGGUCAAGUCAAGUCAAACAACAAAAGGUUAAAUACUCAUCUUUCUUAAAACCUGUAGGAGGGACAUGGAUUAAAUAUGCACGGACAAAGCAAUGGACAUAACUAAUCCGGACCAGGCCUUCAGCACAAAUAACUGGAACUUUGUAUUAACUUCCUGCAAAGUUUUCAUUUUAAAUAUUUAAAAAGAAUAGGACAGCAAAGGAAGGAAGGAUGGAUGGAUUGCCCGUGACUUCACACAAAGGGGUUGACCAUCAUUCAAUUUUUCUGUAUAGUUCCCCUUGCUCUUCCUAUGAUGAUAAUUUGUCGUCUACCAAUACUGCACAAGAAGAGAUAGAUCUACCUCUUCUUGCAAGUGCAAACUAAAAAUGAUUUACCUUUUUACCACAGGAAGAAAUGAGUUAAAUACCUUAAUUACCACAGAAAAUACUGUUUACAACCAAGAUGGAUAUUUGAGUAGCUUGUUUCAUAGAGGAAGGUGGUUGGCUACAACUAAUUUUCCAAGGUGGAUACCAGUACUAAAACAAAGAGAAUAAAAAGCAGAGACAAGCUUUGCUACAACAAUAAGAAAAGAUAGCACAUUGUUUUAAAGUAAUAGCUAAACGCUUCAAGUUAACUAUGGUGAGCUUUGUUUUUAAAUGAGUAUAUGAUAGAAUUCUGAACAGCGUAUGUACCACACAGUGAUUAUUCUGAUAUAUUUUGAUGCUUUAAAACCCACAUUUUUUCCUCUAAAUUAUUACCUGAAAUUACUAUUUAUGAUUCAAACCAUCUGCCCUAACUAUUCAUAUAUACAACAGUGGUGUUGGAGCCGGGCAUAGUAGGUACACACCUGUAAUCCCAACACUCUGGAAGCUUAGGACUUCAGGGUUAUCCUCUCCUACAUAGUGAAUCCCAACUAAAGGCUAGCCUAGGCUGCAUGAGAGCUUUCUUCAAAAGUCAAACAAACAAACAAGGUUUAAAACUCAAUGAAUAAAUCCAGUAAUGAAAAUAUCUUUUCACAUUGUGUGGUAAUGGUGUUUUCCCUUAAUAACAAUGAAAGGUUUGGCUUUGAUGGCCUGACUUACUGCUCAAGGAGAAAAACCAGCUUGACAGAAUGACAUUGUCUUCAAGUGUGUUUACCUGCUCUCAUGGAAAAAAUAAAGUGAAAUUAAAACAAAAUUAUCCCUGAGUUUAGAUUGUUAAAAGUGGAUUUUUAUAAACACAACAUAAAGCUGUGCUAAGAAACACCAUAAACCAGACUUCGAAAGCGCUUCCUAUCAAGAGCUGACAUUUUCACUAGGUGUAAUUAGUCAAUGAGAAAUGAAGUAAAUUAAAGCAUUUAAGGUAAAGCCUAGGGAUGGACGAGGUGCAUUAGUGGUUAGACACUUUCUGCUCUCAUAGAAGCUCCUGGUCGAGCUCUCAGCAUACACGUAACAGGGCACAACCGCCUGUAGCUCCAACUCCACCUCUUCUGGUCUCUGUGGUCUCUAGUCACAGUCACACACACACACACGAGAGAGAGAGAGAGAGAGAGAGAGAGAGAGAGAGAGAGAGAGAGAGAGAGAGAGAGAGAGAGAGAGAAAGAGAGAGAGAAAGAGAAAGAGAAAGAGAGACACAGAGAGAGAGACAGAGAGAGAGAGAGAGAGAGAAAGAGUAAAGUGACCCAAAGCAUGUAAACUUAAGUAUAAAACCCUACAAAAAUGGAGAAAAAGAAAAUCUUGAGUCCCAAUUUCCCAGGGUUACAAUGCAGACAGUAGUCUUUCUCAGACUGUCCCAGGAUCAAAACUUCACUUCGAGGAGCUGCUGCUGCUGCUACUGGUGAUGAUAUCCCACAAAAUAACCCUCAUCCAUACUGAUAAUUUUUCUUUUGUGAAGACGUAGGUAGCCUCCAUUUGUUCUUCAACUAAAAAAUGAGGUCAUUAAUACAAUGACAUCAUCAAGAGAAAUCACAAAGGUGGGGGUGGGAGGGAGGGAAUCUAUUCAUUCCAUCUGUCAGAUAUAAUUUAUCUUGCCUUACCAAUGGAUGUUUUGGAGCAAAUACUAAGUGCAGAAGCUAAAACCUACCAUCAUUAUUGUAACUGGUCCUUCCAUCAGCCCAAUGGUGCUAUUUUACAUAACAAUACAACUAAAAGGAAGCUGUUCUGUUGGGCUGCAGUGUUUCCCCCAUAUCUGAAGGAAGCCCAUGUUGAAAUUAGAUAUAACAUUCAAACAAAGGAGAAAGUAUUAACUGUGCAAUUCUUUGAGAUUGGGCAUUUGUACAUUUUUAGUUUUACCUAAUUGUCUUUCAUUAACAAUUUACUGUUUGUGAGUAAUGUGUGCUUAACAAACUAAGGAAACUAAUUAUCUGUGAAAGACUUUGUAUAUUAAACAAAUGCUCCAAACCUUGGCUGUAGUUUCUCUGCUUUCUGUCUAAUGUACUGGGAUUCCUAGGGUUGUAUUUACAGCACUAGAAACCCUUGAAUUCUUCAUUUAAGAUUUGAUAAUGGUCUAAGUUUUUAACUAGAAUCUGAACAUACUUAUGUUAAAUCUAUAGUGACCAAUGUUGAGUUAUUACUGGAAAUUUGGGUGCCCCACCGACACCAUCAUAUUACUGGGGAAAUUGAGAACCCCUUUCAGGGUUCUUAGUCUUAUCAAUAAAAUAAUUUGUUAUCAGA